UUUACAGCUCAGUGUCGCCUCUGACUCUGUGUGAAACACACACACACGCCGACGGACUACUCUUCAAGAAAAAACACAAAAACGCUGCUUUUCUUUUUCCCUGCAAAGGUCAAACUGAAGGAUUAUUCUACAAGAGGUGGCUGAGCUUUUAUUAUUCUCCCGCUGCUGCAAAGAUUACCCGUGAUGAUCGGAGCGCAGAUGGAUCUGAGCUGCUUCGUGUUUCUUCUGGUCCUCUGCGCCCUCAAUAAGCUGAUUGUGGCGACAAGCCCUGAGGAUGAGUACCAGGAGGAGCAUCUGAACCAUCGGGGUGAACACCAGGCGACACAGAACCAGAUCGCUCUGGCCCAGUACGAAUGUUUCCAGAGGAUGGUGAAAGAGUCCCACCGCAAGACAAAAACAAUUGGGCCGGAGUGCAACAGGACCUGGGACGGGUGGCUGUGCUGGGAUGAAACUGACGCCGGUGUAACAGCAGAGCAGAACUGUCCGGACUACUACGGCGAUUUUGACCCUCAUGUCCAGGCAUUCAAAGUGUGCACAGAGACGGGUGAGUGGGGACGCCACCCGGAGAGCAACAGGACGUGGACGGACUUCACCAACUGCAGAGCCAACACCACGCAUCACGGGAAAGCGGCAAUGACUCACUUCUACUUGGUUAUGAUCGGUCAGGGCCUGUCACUGAUUUCACUGCUCAUAUCAUUAGGAAUAUUCUUCCAUUUUAAGAGUCUGAGCUGUCAGAGGAUAACGCUCCACAAAAACCUCUUCGUGUCGUUCGUGCUGAACUCGAUCAUCACCGUCGUCUGGCUCACAACGAUGUCCAAGAAACAGGGACACACGAGUGACGAUUCUGCGAGCUGCAAGCUGCUGACGUUCGUCCACCUGUACCUGCUGAGCUGUAACUACUUCUGGAUGCUUUGCGAGGGGAUCUACCUGCACACACUGAUUGUUGUGGCGGUGUUUGCAGAAAAGCAACACCUCAUGUGGUAUUACCUGCUGGGAUGGGGUUUCCCACUCGUGCCAGCGGUGCUACAUUCGAUAGCGCGCCACUGCUACUACAACGACAGAUGUUGGGUCAGCUCAAAUACAGCCUUGCUGUACAUCAUCCACGGUCCCAUCUGCGCUGCGUUGGUGGUGAAUCUCUUCUUCCUGCUCAACAUCGUCCGGGUCCUCAUCACCAAACUGAGGGUGACGCACCACGCCGAGUCCAGCCUCUACAUGCGGGCCGUGAGAGCCACCCUCAUCCUCAUCCCACUGCUGGGCAUCCAGUUCGUCCUGCUCCCCUACAAGCCUCAGGACCACUGGGUGUCUGAGAUCUACCUGUACAUCAUGGAGAUCCUCAUGCACUACCAGGGUCUCUUGGUUUCUACAAUAUUCUGCUUCUUCAACGGGGAGGUCCAGAGUGUCCUGCGGAGACACUGGAACCAGCAGCGUAUGCAGUUCGCCGGUACGUUCGCCAACGCCGACUUCUUCCGCUCUGCCUCCUACGUGGCGUCUUCGCUCACGGAGGUCCACCGCUGCUAUAGCAUCGAAAGCCACACCGAGCACAUGAACGGCAAGAGCUACUCGGACAUAUUCAGAUCAGACAGCCCUUUCGUGUGAAGGCGGCCCUCGACGAUGCUUUGACUUCUCCGAAGAUGUAACGAAGAUCGACGUCAGUGUUUUCUUGGAGUUUAACUACUUGACCAACUUCUCUUUUUUCCAAUCUCUCAGCCCAAAACAUAUCUUCCUUUUUUUGACUUUUGUUUUCUACACAAAUAUUACCAAAACAAACAGCGAUCAAGACCAAAGACUCAUAUGCAAUUGCAACACAAGGAAUUAAAGCUUUUUUGAUCGUGUGGAAUAAACUUGAAGAUCCCUCGGUGAACAAGAAGCUGUCCUGUUGCUAACAGUCUUGCUAAGAGAGAAGUUGUGUUUUUCUUUUCUGGGCAUUUUGAGAAUACUGAUGCAUUUAAAAAAUAGAUUGUUAUCACCAAAGGUGUUGAUUCAAAGAAAAGCACAUAAAACCUGUUUAACCACCUCUCGAAAUCUAGUUGUUGGCACAUAUCUCAGAACUUUUUUGGGACAAGGAGCCAUAAUGGUGCAGAGUUAGCUCAAUGGCUAGCUUGAAUAGCGAAGUGUUCAAAUGGUAAGCAGUAAAGCCUCUUUCUGACUAGAAGGGCAAAAUAAAAAUGUACUUUUAUUUCUUUUUAGUACUGUACAGAACUAGACAUGUAAAAUGUAAAAGCAAAAAAGUACAAAAACACACAAAAAUGAAGAAAUAAUCAGCUAGCUUGCUUUGCUAAACAUCACUCCUGCUUUAGCUGGCCUACUCUUGAACUACAGGCAUAAUCCUCUGAGGAGUUUUCUAUUUAUGUAUCAGUUCUUUCAACUAAGUUAAAAACAUACAUUUCACAGUAAAAUGUUGUCAGAAACAUAAGCUUACAUUGUCUUAACCCAUGUGGCUUGAUGCUAGCUGCAGUAUCUUUCCAGCUAACUUUUCGUUAGCUCCACUGUGUUUUUUUUUUGUUUGUUUUUUUUUUGCUUCACAUCUGAUAAUUCCAAAAUGCUGGAGAGAUUAUUGUUAGGUAGUCACGGAGGAAAAUACGACUGAAAAGUGCAUGUGAUUGUACAAAUUGUAUAUGAAUAUGACAUACGGUUUAUCGGGACAUAAAAUAUGAUGUUAUGAUUAGACAGCUUUUAGCGUACUACUUUAUAUGAUUUUAAAGUCAGCUAUGAACACGUCAUUGUAUGUCACUUGUGUUAUAUUUUAUGUUACGCGCCCACAAACUGCAGCUGUUUAAUUAACAGACAAGACAAUUCUAAAUUCUCUAAAGAGUCUGGUGACCGAGAAAGAAAAUCAGCAGGAACUGAGUAGUGUGACGAUAGAAGUCUGUCACUUCCAGGUAGCGAUGGAGCUAACUGUCCUGUCAUAGAGCUGCUGGUUUCAGCCUUGUAAAACAGGAAGUAGGCUGACAAUAAUGAAUAAUUGUUAUGUUAUAAAAAGUCAUAGUUUGACAUCUGGCUUUUCUGCUGAGAGUUAGAUGAGACAAAGAUUAACACCACUCUGUUCAUUAUAAAGCUAACACUAGCUAGCAGCCUGGACCUGAAACAGGUUUGUACGCAGAUAGCUAGCUCGACUCUGUCCAAACAAAAUCAAACCAACUACUACAACUAUUUUUUAAACAUGUAGCACUGAACCCUAUAUAAAACUAGCUGAAAUACUUUAUUAUACUUUCUUUCUGUGUUGAAAUUUAAAUGAAAUGAUCUUUAGAGAUAGAAAUAAAAAUAAAGAGAAUCUGGACUAGGACAAUGUUAUCUGUAUGCUCAGUAGCAGUAGAUGGAUUAUUUAUUGUAUGUUACACUGGACAUUUAUGUAUUUGCUAUGUGUUAUAGGCUAAAAUGUCUUAUUAUGGCAUUAUUUUUUUUAAAGAGUAGUUGGACACUGUAAAAUACACUUAUUUGUGUUUUUGCUGAGAGUAAAAUGAGAGGAGAGAGACUCCCAUUACUAUGGAGUGAAUAUGAAGCUACAGCUAGCACCCGGUUAGCCUAGCUUAGCAUAAAGAACAAGGGGAAAACAACUAUUGUGGCUCCUUCCUACACCUCUAAAGAUCGCUCAUUAACACAUUUUCACACAUUUGUUGGAUGUUAGCCUUUAGCAUUUAGCAUUCUGAUCCAAGCCAGACUAGCUUUCCACUGUUCUCCAGUCUGUAUGCUAAGCUCAAUUAGUGAGCUGCUGGCUGUGUAAACACAUGCAUGUGUUAUCUAUCCUCUCAUCUUAGUAUCAGCAAGAAAGCAAAUCAGCGUAUUUUCAAAAAUGUCAAGUUUUGCCUAUUGAAAAUGUAUCAUUUCGGAAGAAUAGGCUUCUGUCUCUUCUGACUAUAGUUUCAUCCACUGAAGAAAGCCAUGCAAUAAAGCUGAAAGGUUUUUAAAAAGAUAAUAAGUGAGCCUUGAGUUUAGAAUAUAUCAUCCCUGAUACGUUUAACCGACGUUUAAUUUGUUACACAUGCAUUUUCUUGUAUUUCAAAAGAUGUUUUAGUCACGGACUGAAUCUGAUUUUUUCCAAAUUUUUGUAACAUAUUUUUGUCAAUAAAAUCCAGACAAUGCUUGUUUAUACUGAAGUAAUAAUGCUGUAAAUAAAAACAAGCUGUUUCAAACCGAAAACCAGAAAAAAAAAAAAAAAAA